UUCUCUCACAUUGCCUAUCGAAAGCCAGCAAAACAGUUUGCGAAAAAGAGUCGAAGUCGACCAAUAAAAGUUCUAUUGAUUGAAAUUCAGGGCAACUAAAGGCAGCUAAAACUUAAGUUGGUGAUUAACAAGUGCCCAAUGCAUGCUUUAAAUUCGGCCAACUAAACAAAAGACUGUCAGGGCAUCUGCAAAAGCUAAACAAAAUUCAGAAAUUGGUCCCUCCAUCGUUUAAGGUGGGAGUUAUUUUUGCCUACUUUUUUCCACUUCCAAUCCAUUCCGCCUACUCCGCCAACGUCGAGACAACACACACAGAGAGAGAUAGAAAGACCGAGAGAGAGACGCGGAGGCAGCAGCAGCUUUGUUUGGUUAAGCGUUUUUGGUGGAAAUAAACAAAUCUGAAGAUCAGCCCAGAAUAAACCGCGAGUACCGUGAGUGUAGAGGAAAACUGUGUGUUUGUGUGUGUGUGGGGGGACUGACGGGGUGUGGCUAGGAAAAAGAAGAGCAAUCACUCUAAACAGCAACAAGUCGCAGUCAUCGUUGGAAAUGGACGUUACGCUAACCGAACUGGAGACACGUUUCUACAGUGAACUCUUUCAAAUCUGCGAUGUGGAGAAAACGGGCAGCAAAGUGCCCAUGCUAAAGGCUACAGAACUCUUUCGUUCCGCUGAUAUUGCCAAUGAAGCGGUCAUUGAGAUCACUGGCUUGGCUGGAGUACCUUCGACUGCCUUGCAUAUUUCACGCACCCAAUUCUAUUCAUGUCUUAAACUAAUAGCUGCCCAUCAGGCUGCCAUGCCAUUGCGACAAGAGUUGAUAGUGGCCACUGUUCCCUUGCCCUUGCCGCAUUUUAGCUGGAAAGAUAGUGCCACGGCUCCGGUGGUCCCGGAGAACGGUUUACCGCCACCACCGCCCACAGACCGCAGAAAUUCACUGCGUCGUAACAGCCAACAGCAGCAGCAUCAGCAAUUGGAACAACAGCAGGAUGCCUCCGAUGUGCCAAGCACAGAUUCGGAGGUGGAGCAAAAUGAAUCCCUUGAUGAACAGGCCGGUCAGGGGCACAGCGGCGAGUGCAGCAGUGGUGGUCUAGUCACUAGUAGCAGUCGAGAGAAUCUAAGGCGUCGACGUGGAACUGGUUCACCGGAGGCAUGGAGCACAAAUAGCGAUAGUCCAACGCCAACGAAUAGCGUGGCGGAACGUCCCUGGGCCCAGGAUGCUCUGUGGCAAGGUCUUUUGGGCGAUGAGCAUCGUCAGUUGCUGGGCACCGAAGAGGAAUCCUCGGAUCGGCAUAGCAGUGAUGAUGAGGACAAUGAGAAUGAAUUGAUCACUCUCUACCAGAUCACUCCCGAGCAGCGGGAGUACUACAAUAAGCAGUUCAGGGCUGUACAGCGUGAUCCACAUGGUUUACUCUCGGGUCAGGCGGCGCGGAUCUUUUUUGAAAAGAGCCGAAUUCCUGUUGAGGAAUUGCGUCACAUUUGGCAGCUUUGCGAUGUGACCCGGGAUGGCGCUUUAAGUCUAUCGGAAUUCACAGCUGCCAUGCAUCUGGUUGUGUUGCGUCGCAAUAAUAUUCCACUACCAACCAGUUUGCCGCAUUGUCUGCAUCCGAAUGUCCUUAAAGCCGGAGGCAUACCGGCAGCUAGUGGAGUCGUCGAUAAUGGAUCAGCCGGCUCAGUAAUAUCGUCAACAACUUUACCUCAAGAGCCGCCAGAGGCUGAUCUACUGCAUUUGAAUGACGAUGAUGAGGACGACCAUACGGAUAACACUAUUAUCGUUGGCAAUCUUAGUGGGAGCAGUGCAUCAAAACCUCGUCCCAUUGUGGCGGAUGAAAAGAAUAUCAUGAAUCUGAGCAACAUUUCAACAUCGUCCCAGGCCAGUAAUACGUCUAGGCGUGGUGAUCAAGUGGUGACCACCACGUCACCCAUCAAGAAUCGUAGUAUUUCCAACUCUCCCAAUUUGGAUAAGAGUGGUGGUGGUGGUGCAGCAGCUGGUGCCACUGCUGCCGCCGAUUCAAGCAGCCAGUGGACCAAAUUCAGUGAAUCUCCAACAACAACGACAGCUAAUGCUUCAGGUGCUCCAGUAGCAGCCGGCGCUGUCGUUUCUUCUGCUGCUGCUCCAGCUGUGUCUAGUCCUGGCCUAAAGCCUGCUCUAUUCGAUAUGAAACGUACGGCCCAGGAUGUGGGCUCAAAUCCGCAAAUAUUACAUCCUGUGCCGUUGCGUGUUACGCCCAUAGGAUCAGCCGUAGCAUCCUCGUCAUCAUCGUCAACAGACAAUCCACAGAAUGCAAGCGAAGCGGAAGGAGUUGUUGUCCUCCGUGAGGAGAGUCCCAAAGCCAUCAUUACAACAGCAGCUGCAGCAACAAGUCAUCGGGAUAGCAGCGAUCUGCGCGCCAUACAACGUCCUCAGGCCAAAAAGCUGCCAGCCAAGAAUAGUGCUUUACCUCCGCCCCCUCAACGAGAACCGAGCAUUGGUUCUAGUAGCCUAAAUGAAUCGUUACCAUCGCAAGCAUCAGUUCAAUCGGCAGAACCCUUACCAAUGCCCUGCACAUCCACGGCCUCAGUCUAUGCGACGACAGCAGUUAUGGCGAAAAAGGAACCACCUCCAUUGCCACCACCCCGUCCACAUCGUCAUGCCCGUAGCAGCAGUUUGGAUUUAAAUAAGUUCAAAAUGGGCACAGCUGGCGCCCAGCAGGCGGAGAUAACCGCUCAAGCCAGCUUCGAUAUGCAAACCUCAACCGGUUUUGCCGAUUUCACGCAUUUUGCCGACGAAGGGAAUGUUUUGGACAGUGGGCCAUCUUCAUCAUCAGCCGAGCAACAACAACAUUCAUUGCCACCGGCACCAAAUGGUAAUGCAGUGGUGCCACCCACACGUAUAACACUCCAACAGCAGGCCACCCAGCAACGUGUAUCGGCCUUUGAGGUCUAUCGGAAGCCCUGCCAGACUCCACGUAGCUCUCAAUCGCCUCCGCAACAACCGCCGCCUCCAGCACCAACAUCAGCUUCAGCUGCAUCAAUUGUUGCCUCCUCUCAGCUGCCCAGCGCGGAGCAGUUCGAGAAGCGGGUGACAGCCAUUACCGAUUCCUUGCGUCAUGUGUCCUUCAAGCAGAACCAAGCCAGCACCACAGAGUUGCUGCAAAGGCUGCGCGAACAAAACAAUUCGCUGCUCCAUCUAUGUAAUGAUCUCAGUGACGAGCUGCUCAGUGUUCAGACGCGCAAAGAGGAGAUGCGCCUGAAGCUAGAGAGCAGCUUGAAUCCAGAUGGACCGACCGCAACACUGCGAACGGGUUCAUCAAUAUCAGCACCAGUGACGGCAAAUGUCACGGGCGGUUCCUCCGGCUCAGCUGGCGGAGCUUAUACGAAUACGAAUGCUUAAAAGCAGAAGGCCCUCAUUUAUUUGUUUUGGAAGGUUUUGUUUUUUUUUUUUAUUAUUUUUCUUAUUUUAUUUGUUGUUUCUGCACAAGUUACUGAUGAGGAGAAUACAUUUACACUGGCUUGUUUUAAGUGGGAGUGACGACGAUGCUCCAAAAAAGACUAUAACAAAGUAUUCUUGAAGAGAUUUAAAUUCGUAAUUAAUGAUUUUCUCGCGCCAUUCUAUUGCGUAACAAAGACAAAAAAAAAAGGAGCAUAAACUUUUGUAACCAUUUUUCCAUAGGAUAUUGGCAAUACAUUUUUAAUUAACUUGAUUAGUCAAAUCAUGAGGCGUAGGUAGUUUUUCUCAAACAAAUAUUAUAAAUGUUUAAUGUUGUUGUAUGCUUUAUGUGUCCAUUUCUUUAUUUGUAUGACAUCUGGGAAAAGACUACGCCAUGAACUCGAUCUUUAGAAUUGUGAUGGAAUAAAAUUUGUAAGUUCCAAAAUCUAAAAACCA